UCUGAAAGCGCCAAAAGUAACAUUUAGAGCUCACUUUCAAAUAAGUAUUCUUUAAUAUCACAAGGAUUACAGGUUCCAUUAUUCCAUUGUUACAUAUAAAAAACUAUUAAAAUAAAUAAACAUUUGAAAAAAUUGUUUAUAUUUGUGAUAUUAUUUCAAUAAAAAGAUAUAAAAACAAAAAAAAAUUUCAAUAUGUUUGAAGCUAGGCUUGGUAAUGCUGCCACUUUGAAAAAAGUUUUAGAUGCUAUUAAAGAUUUGCUCAAUGAAGCUACAUUUGAUUGCAGUGAUUCUGGUAUUCAGCUGCAAGCAAUGGAUAAUUCACACAUAUCCUUGGUUUCAUUAACAUUACGUUCUGAUGGUUUUGACAAAUUCCGAUGUGAUAGAAAUUUGUCAAUGGGUAUGAAUUUAGGAAGUAUGGCAAAAAUACUCAAAUGUGCUAACAAUGAUGAUACUGUAACAAUGAAAGCACAAGAUAAUGCUGAUACAGUAACAUUUAUGUUUGAAUCACAAAAUCAAGAGAAAGUUUCAGAUUAUGAAAUGAAAUUAAUGAAUUUGGAUCAAGAACAUUUAGGAAUACCAGAAACUGAUUAUUCAUGUGUUGUACGUAUGCCAUCAUUAGAAUUUGCAAGAAUUUGUCGUGAUUUAGCACAAUUUGGUGAAUCUGUAAUUAUUUGUUGUACAAAAGAAGGAAUAAAAUUUUCAGCAUCUGGUGAUGUAGGAUCAGCAAAUAUUAAAUUGGCACAAACAUCAACUGUAGAUAAGGAAGAAGAGUCUGUUAUUAUUGAAAUGCAAGAACCUGUAAUAUUAACAUUUGCAUGCCGAUAUUUAAAUUCAUUUACAAAAGCUACACCAUUAUCACCACAAGUUCAAUUAUCAAUGUCUGCUGAUGUUCCAUUGGUUGUUGAAUAUCGUAUUCAAGAUCUUGGACAUAUACGUUAUUAUUUAGCUCCAAAGAUUGAAGAUGACGAAAGUUAAAAAUAUAAAAUGAAAAUUUGAACAAUUCAAAAAAAAUUUUUUUUCAAAAUUCAUUAUGCACUGAUUGAUUGAGUAAGAUAAAAUAUUUAAUUUUUUUUUUUUUUUUGCAAUGGAACUUAAAUAAGUAGGUACUAAAAGAAUAUUGUUUGAAAAUUCUAGAAUUUUUAGCACAAGAUAGUAAAUUACAUUAUAAGGUCGUAUAACUAUAAAUACUUAUAAUUUUUUUUUUAGGUUUUACUUACCAAUAACAAAUAAUUUUUUUUAAUAAUAAAAUAAAAUCUUUCGCAUUUAAAUUA